AUGACUGAAGCACUCUACAACUUCAUCGAGAGCGAGCGCUUCCAGCGGGUCUCGGGUAUUGUUUCCAGCGGCGCGAGCACCAUUUACCAAUGGUUGAGUGAGCGGGCGUGGGCCGUGUACACAACAGGCGCCUUCGUUUCUGUUCUUGUUGCCCUUGGAAGUGCACACGAAAAGCAAAUAUUGGCGGAUCACCUCUAUGGUUCUCAUGCACCUCUCCAACAGCAGCAGGAACGAAGCAAUACCAUAGAAGGUGGGAAGAAAUUACUACAAGAGGAGGCCUCUCAGGGAGUCCGGCAGGUUGUGUGGAUGAUGCCUCGUGAGGAUUUCAUGCAGGAGUAUCGUGAACGUCAUGGCAUUUAA